GAAGUUGUCCUCAUAACAAACGGAGCGCGGAGGGCAGUCGUUGUUACUCAUAGUAGAGGGGGGCGUGAAAGUGGGUCUGUGCGGUAUGAGGGCUCGGAGGAGGCCCUAGUGCGCCUGCGCAGGUGAGGCUGAUGCUCCCACGGACCCACUCCACUUCCGCAGGGGCAGCGCGGGGUCCUAGUCAGGUUCCCUCUGCAGCUUUGCUUGGAUUCAUUCUUUACUUCAUGUCCUAAAGUGGUGUGUGCCUGUGACAUUACACAGGAUACAAUCUGGACUGUUGAACAGCUGUCUCCCCUCAAUUCUCCAGCCUGAGGUCUGGGAGGCCACUGCAUUUCUGAGAGAUGAGCCGUGUGCUGCAGUGUGCUAUAUUUACUGUGCUCAUGGGACUGUUGCUCACAAGAACCAUGGCCUGGACUUCAAGUGGGAAAACACAUGCUGAGCUACUCAACAAUCUUUACAAAAAUGGAGUGAUUAAAUCUCAACGGGUCUUGGAUGUGUUAAUGGCCACAGAUAGAGCCCACUACACCAAGUAUUUACCAUACAUGGAUUCUCCUCAGUCAAUAGGAUAUAAGGCUACAAUCAGUGCACCCCACAUGCAUGCCCAUGCUCUGGAGUUGCUGAAGGAUCAGCUAGUGGAAGGAGCAAAGGCCCUGGAUGUGGGAUCAGGAAGUGGUUACCUCACAGCUUGCUUUGCUAGAAUGGUGGGUCCCACAGGGAAGACAGUAGGCAUAGAACAUAUUGAAGAGCUGGUCCAUGAAUCCAUUAGAAAUGUCAGAGAAGAUGACCCAACUCUGCUCACUUCUGGCCGUCUGAAACUUCUGGUUGGAGAUGGCAGGCAGGGAUACCCUGAAGAAGCACCUUAUGAUGCCAUCCAUGUUGGAGCAGCAGCAGACACUGUACCAAAGGAGUUGCUGAAAGAGUUGAAGCCAGGUGGCCGGUUGAUCUUGCCAGUUGGGCCUGAAGGUGCAAACCAGGUUCUGAUGCAGUAUGACAAAACCAGUGAUGGGCAAAUUGUGGAAACGCAACUGAUGGGCGUGAUCUAUGUUCCCCUGACAGAUAAGGAGAAGCAGUGGCCCCGGGAUGAAGUUUGACAGAAUAUCACUUACAAAAUGAUCUUGGAAAGCUCAUGAACCAGGUCCUGAAGAAGCAACUAUAGAUGUGUAUGGCUUUGCUUUAUAAAUCAGAUUAUUUUUUUUAACUUGGACACAUCACAAAGGCAUUUUCUGCUUUUUAAAGAACUCAAUACGGAGGAGUGAGAGAAGAAUAUUCCUCCAGAUCAAUCAGCACCCAGUUCCUAAGAUGUGGAGAUCUUGUCUGAUUUCUUCCUGGACUGAGUAAAACCAGAUAAGCCCAGUUGUCCUCUUUGGUCAGCUCCACAUACAAUAUCUAUGUAAAUAGAGAAUGGAGAGUGUGCAAUACUGUUACAGAUUUGAGAAUUCAUCUGUAUUAUACUUGAUUAAAUGGUAGUGCAUUUAUAUUCAUGACUUGCUCAUCUGAUGCCUGAAGAAAAAUUACAGUAUGUAUUUGAUCUGAUUAAUCUUCUAGAUUAAACAUAUUCUUUUCUCA